AUGCCAAAUUUGACCUGUUUCUCACUUACUUAUAUGAAUAAUUUAUAUGACCGUGACAAAAACGGUCUUCUUAAUCUUUUACGUCGAAUGCCAAAUUUAAAUGAACUUUAUUUAGAAUUUUUAAUGGUUGGUCAUUCGAUUGUUGAUGGUAGUAUCUUAUCUACACGUUUUAUUAAUGCCAUGUCAAAUUUAAAUAAAUUUACAUUUAAUAUUGGAUCAUUAGCUGAAAUUGAUGGUAAACGUAAAUUACCUAUACCAACAAACGAAGACAUAAAAAAUUCGUUUAAAAAUUUUCCAAAUACAAUUCUAUCAAGUAUUCAUCAAUUUGUACAAGCUAAAUUAAUAUAUUGUCAUAUUUACUCAUAUCCAUACACAAGCCAAUUUUAUCAUAAUAUAACAAAUGGCUUUCCUGGUGGAUUAUUCAAAUGUGUUCGUACAAUAUCAUUACGUGAUGAACAUCCAUUUGAACAUGAAUUUUUUCUUCGAAUUAAUCAAUCAUUUCCAUUAAUUAAAAAAUUAAGUUUACACAAUUAUUCAGCACAAGAAAAUAAUCAUCUUCAAUGGCUCGUAAUUAAAUAUCAUCAUCUUGUUGAAAUCGAUCUUAUUAAUAUUCAUGAAGAUUAUGUUGAUGAGUUUUUAAAUAAUACAAAAACAUGUUUAGCAGACAACGUUAAUCUUCGUGUAUGUUAUGAUUCGUUGGAAAAAAAAACAAACACAUUUACACGAGAUGCAACACGAAUGAAUUGUUCAAAAGUCGAUCGUCUUACGUUAUCAGGCGGUCCGAAAAAUUUGGAUAAAAACUUAAAAGACUAUUUUUCUCACGCAAAAUUCUAUUAA